ACUAAAUGUAACCUUUAUAUUGUGUCACUACAAAGUACUUUAAACUAUGCAGAUAAGUUUUUCUAGCGCGUGGCUACCUAACACUAUUAUCAUGUAUAACUGUAUUGUAUUAAACAUUGUACUAUGCCACUUUUGGUAUAACUAAUAAAGAAUCACAGAUGGUGUCUCCUGAUAAUCGAGAUCUCCCACAAAAAUUACUCUAAAUGUUUCCACAAAAACAAUCUCAAAAAUUAUAGCCAGUAGUCCGUCCGCAUCCGAAUUAUUCAAACAUCCUCUUCUCCAUUCACAUCGAUUAUCAGGGCCUGGAAGUGAAGACUAGAAUUUAUUUAGUGUUCAAAAUUUAUUCAAAUUCAACUACCUUCGCAUUAUAAAGUCCUGAAUCACACACGAAAUCUCAGGUGCAGUUAGCUCAACUUAAAUUUAAAUUAAACUCAUGACAAGCUGUAUUAUGUAUUUAAGUUGAAGAUCACAUAAAAAUGAAUUUGAUUCAAAAAAUAAUAAAGGGACUACACCUGCUGUCAAAAAGUAUGUUCCCCAAAAAGAAAAGCAUAAUUUGAAAAAGUCAGAAAGAGUACACAAAAUAAUUAAAGGCUUUGAAAUUAGCAAAGGAAAAUCCAUAAGGGAAAAUAAUGCUUCCGACAAAGAGAAAGAAAAAAGACAACUUCCUAAUAAGUUUACCGAGCAAAAUAAUGUUAAAAACAGCAAAACAGACAAUAUGAAAAAACAAUCUUCUCGGAUGUUUUUUAAUAGACAUUUUUCAAAGUAUACAUCUAAGCUUCGUGGAAAAUUAAGUAGAAAUUUUAAAUCUUCGUUUAAAAGUACCGGAAAAUAUGAUGAGAGCUCAACUAAGUAUAAAUCUUACGUCGAAAAAGGUAAAAAUAAAAAGGAUAAGAAUAAGACAUCUUUGAAAUAUUCUUUGUGUAGUAUUGGCUUUAAAGACGAAGUUAAGAAAAAAAAACGAACAGUUAAAUGUAAGGAUUUGCCUGGCCCAGGUACUUAUAACCAUAGAUUUGUAUAUGACGAGGCAUCUCGUUUGCGAAAAGAAGGAAAAGAUGUCGACGUAUUGUAUAAAGUUAAGACUAAAAAUGAAUCAACGUAUGUGAUUAACGGCGAGUUUAAGUGGAAAAAAAAAUUGACACCAAAUGAGAUUAGGCAACUUCGAAAAAAGUAUAGUGGUGCAAGUUGUACAACAAAACGUUCUAAGGCAAAAAAAUCACAAAAAAAGAACACUAAGGCUAAUGAUGUUAUGACUAAACGCGUUGGUCAGCACCAACUAGUAAAUGAAGAAGAUGCAUUGCUCAUGGAAGAAUUGCAUAAACAACAAAAAUUAGACGAAGAAAAGAAAAGGAGAAUGGAUAAAAUAAACAAAAUCGAAAGAAUGAGACAAGAGAAAAUAGAAAGAGAAAAACUUGAGAAACUAAAACGAAGGGAACGCUCGAGAGAAGCAGCUAAAAGACUUAGAAUAAAUACACUUAAUAAAUUAAAAGAAACUAAUUUGUUAAGAGAAGAAGAACGAAAGAAAGAAGCGUUGAUAUUGGAAGAAUUAGCAAAGAAGAAAGAAAAUAAAAAAAUGAUGGAGAAGGCGAAACUUGAAGAGGAAAAUAUCAAAUUAGAAGAAAUACAACGUCUACAACAAUUGAAAUUACAAAAAUUAAAUACAAUAAAACAAAAGGUUAAUGUUGAAAAUGAUAAGCAAGGACUUUGCAACGAAAACUCAAAUGCAGCAGAAAAAUGUACUAAGAAUCUUAACGAUUGUGAGAAUCCAUCAAGGUGUGUUCAGGACCAUGCACUCAUUGAGCGGUGGGUACUUCGAAACGAUGAUGGUAUUAGUGCCAUGUCAUGGUUACGUCUUGUCACUCAUCGUACCAAUUGUUUGAAAGGUCAUGUGCAUAAGCAACUGAGGGAUGAAUGGUUACGUAUAGCUAUUGACACAGUUGUUGAUUGUAUGGUAAAAAAAAAAUGUUUACCUUGCAAUAAAAAACAUGAUUUUACUGAAAAUAUAUGUGAAAAACGGGAUUUUACCGAAAAAAAAUGCAAUAAGCAAGAUGACGAAAAAAUAUGUAAAAAGAAAAUAUGUCAGGUAUCUUCAAUUUGUAACCACUCAAAGCCAUUUAAUGUUCAUGCACCCAUAACUGUCAAUAUUGGUAAAUCUGCCAAAUGUAUAGAUAUUCCUGGUUCUGCGUAUUAUACAGCGGUAAAAAAGGAAGGAAAUUAUUAUCAAGUUAUGAACGUUAAUUUUAUGGCUAAAAUUUCCAAGCAUGAAACAGGUACACACAGUGUGACUUGUGUUGGUCAAGUUAAAAGCAAUAAUAAACAUAAUUUGGACAUCUCAAUUCUGUACAAGUGUUUACUAAACAGUAUAAAUCACGUCUUUGGAUAAAAAUUAAAUAUAACUGUUGAUAAUAUUCAAAAAAUAUCUGGUUUUUAUGUAACAAAUAAAUUUGCAGGCGAAAUUUAUUUGAAAAUUUAAAACUUAGAAUGAAAUUAUCAAUAAUAGAUAUUGAU